AUAAUGCAAUACUAAAAAUUGUCAAAGGCGUUGCUAAGUAUGCUUACUUUGUAGUCAUCCUAUAUUCCUUUUGCCCAAUUGUUUUUAUAUAUUUUUUGUUGGUUGUAUGUUAUUAAUUUAAAUUAUGUUCACGCUCUGGACGUUAGUUGAAGCAUCACUAUUAUGUCUCAAUGCCAUUUGUGUUUUACAUGAAGAAAGGUUUUUGGCAAAAUUUGGAUGGGGUUCUAACUCAAGUGUACAAGGAUUUGGGGAGCCUCCUACAUUCAAAUCACAAGCCCUGAAUUUAAUCAGAUCGAUCAGAACUGUAGCUAAAAUUCCCUUAAUAUUUCUUAAUAUUGUUGCCAUUGGUAUUAAAUUAAUUCUUGGAUAAAUAAAUAACAAUGUAUAUUGAACAUGGAUAAUCACUUAUUGUGAACUCUUAUAAAUCAUUGUUUUAAUUUUAUUUUCUAAGGCUACUGAGUAUGCGUCCAAUUUGUAAGCUGCAGCUUCCAAUUUGUCCACAGUAUCUUCAAUUUCGUCAAUAUAAUUAAGUUGAGACCUCUAAAAAAUAAUUUUUUAUAAAAAUAAUGUUAUUUUGUAAAUAUAUUAUACUUACCAAUUCAUCAAA